CGCCGCCGCAGCCGCGGAGCCGCGAAGCAGCGCCGGCCGGGCCGGGAUGUGACGGGGCGGCCGCCCCGCGCCCGCUGCGCCGCUGCCCCGGGCCCGCGGGCCCCGCGCCCCGGGAGGCUGUCGGGGGGCGGCGGCGGCGGCGGGUCCCCCCCCGCCGCCCCCAUGUCGGAGGGGCCGCCCUACGGCGAGGGGCAGCUGGCGGGGGACGCGGCCGUGGGGCAGCUGCCCUUCCCCGUUCGCCUCCGCGGCGGCGACGGGCUCCUGGCCGGCGGGCAGGGCAAGCGGCCGCCCAAGCUGGGGCAGAUCGGCCGCAGCAAGAGAGUGGUGAUUGAAGACGAUAGAAUUGACGAUGUGCUGCAAAACCUCUCCGAAAAGGCCCCUCCCGGUGUUUAAAGCCUCCCUGGGGACGCUGGGCUGAAGCCCGGGGCGGGGAGGGGGGGGGGUCGGUUUACAAUGGCAAAAAAUAACCCCCCCAGCACCGCAGCGACCACCCGAGCGAGCACCGGGAGCGCCGUCCUCGCCCUCCUGCAGUCCCACAGCACCACCACGGCACGUCCUGCCCUCCGGAGGCGCCUGGAGGGGAGGGCAGCGAGCGAGGCAGACCCCAGAAAUGAAUCAAAAAAUAAUAAAUUAAGAGGAAAAAAAAAAAAUAUAUAUAUAAAAUUGGGAAAAUAACCACCUGCACCAGACCCCCCCACCCCGAGGGAUGAACGGAGGUGUCACACCACGGUCUGAGUUACUCGGGAUUGCUUUUCUCGGGCUGAUGAACCUCGUGCCGUGCAAAAUUUGGGGGGGGUAAGAGGAAAAAAAUGGGGCAGCAAAAAAUGGGGGGGGGGAAGGGAGCAGCCCCCGGGGUCUCCCCCCUGGCCAGGGCUGUUCCCAGCGGGCACCUUGUUUACAUUAUUUAAUCUUGCAAAAAUGAAUCCGUGCACUUGGAUGUACCACGCUAUCCCCUUCCGUACGAUUUCUUCUUUUCUUUUAUUUUUUUUUUAUGUUGAUGUCUUUGGAUGUUGGGAAAUUAUAUAAAAUAGAUAUAUAUAUAUAUAUUUAAUUUUAGUCAUGUUUUAAGGUUCUCGAUGGGGGGAAAAAAUCAAAACUUUUAUAAAGGGAAGGCCUGGAGGAAGAAUUUGCUGGUUUAUUUUUUAAAGCUUGUACUUCUCGGUUGCUGUGAGCAAAGGGAAAGAUUUUAUAUGUACAGGGGGGUGGGGGGACGCUCGGCUUUUCUAACUACAUGCAGUCUGUAGUGUGGGUGAUCUUGGUUUCUUUUUUUUUUUUUUCUUAUAUUGUGGUAGUUUCCUCUCUUUAAUAGACUGUAUUAAAAAUAUAUAUAUAUAAAAAAAAUUAUUUAAUGUAA